AUGGAAUUGAAAUGGGUUGUGGACAUAUGGUGUAGAUUAUUCAAACACAGCGUAGAGGAGCUUGAUCUGAGAGGGGAGAGCUCUGUUGAUGCCGAAUGGAUUGCAUACAUAGGAGCCUUUCCUGAAGCGGUACGUCUCCUUGCUACUGCUGCUGAGGAGCGAGGACCCAAAGGAGGAUGGAGAAGGUUGCUGAAGAGACGCAAAGGAAGAGGAAAGCUCCUGAGGAGGUGGACAAUGGCGAAAAUGGUGGUGGAGCUGAAGAGGAUCAACAGAGGCAAAAAAGUGACUGGGUUCAUUGGGAGGGGGAGAGGGUCUGGAUGGUUGUUGAGUUGGGUUGCUGGCUUGGGUGGAGGGUGGGGAGGAGCUUGGGUUUUGGGUUCUUGGGGCCUGGGGUGGAGGGUGGUUGUUGGAUGGGUUUGGGUGGAAAGUGGUUGUGGGAUGGGUUUGGGGGUUGGAGCUUGA